UUGAAAAGAAAUUAAAAGAAAGUUUCUUGAGCCCUCACCCUUUGAAACUUUUGCUUCACAACAUUCAUUUCUGAUUCAUUCGAUAGUUAACAGUUCACAGUUUAGGCACAAUUUUGACGACACAGACUGAUUUUCCGGAUUUUUCUCAAAAUUCUUGUGAUUUUCUUCCCUACAAAGACGACUGAGUGAGAAAAUAUUGAAAGAUGGAUCGCAAGCCUUUCCGGACGCAUUUUGAGGGGGAACAUUCAGCAAAUGCCGCGGGGCCUUCAAGACCGCCUAGACCACCCGGCUCACGGAUUCCCUAUUUCCCAAUAUUUACAAGAGAGGAGGAUAAGGUUCCAUUUCUCACGGGAGCAAUGCCUGAGUCCAAGAAGGCAACACUCUUGAAUAAAUUGAUUCCUGGCUUUGUGCUGCACGAUAUGCCCCACGAGGGAAUUAAUCUUAUGUUGACUAUCCUCAAGUUUGAUAAGAAUUUCCCCAAUCCUCCUGAUGAUGCACUCGCUCUGUUCGGUAUUACAAAGAAGAGAGCCCGGAAGGCAGCUCAGUCUGCACAAUCCUCUUCUGGGGAUCCAAAACCAGGACCGUCGACAAAGUGAGCAGAAACCAACGAUUUUUAAGCAGAUUGACUUAAUUUUCAAACAUUUGAAUUUAAUAUGAAGAUUUAAAAUAUGAAGCGAACUGAAAAUUAAUAAUUUUUGAGCUUUCCGAAGUUAGAAAUAAGAUUAAGUUAAAAUUAAAACAUUUAGAAAAUUUUGAGAUCCUUUAAAAUAUUUUUAUACUUUUUAUAUAAUUUGUCGUGAAGUUCUUUAAUGUUUUAAAAAAUUUUAAAAGACAAAAGUUAAACACAAACUAUUAAUAACCAUUAAAUAGAUCAGGAUUAAAAUGUAAAAGGAAGAAAAAAACUAGAAAUAAGAACUGGUAGUUAAUCCUCAGAGUGUAAUGAAUUUUUUAAAUGCUUGUUAUUAAAUAGACAUGAUUCAAAAGAUGAAUAACAAACAUGGAAACUGACUGAGAAAUUAAUAAGACAAAUAAAACUUCUUUCUUUAUGAA